UCUUUUCAGGAUCUGCAUGAGGAAGGAGCUCUUUACUUGGGCUCCUUCCACUUAGGCCUGGGGAGGGUUCGCCCAGGAGCAGGCGUGGCAGUUCUCCAGCGGGUUCCUUCAGGUCCUGCUGUGCAGGGCAUUAGGUAGACAAGUCUCCAGGCUUUGCAGAAUACCAGCGGGGCUCUGUGGCCUGUGGGCCCGAUCGCAGCCUUCUCCAGUGUCCCGUUCCGGCAUCUGCAUCACGACAGGGCUUUGGCCCUUUGGUUUGUUGCAGGCCCGGGAGGGCCGUGGGGUGGGGCAUUUUGCAAGUUUUUCUACAGCUUUCUUUGCUCUCCUGAUCUUUGGAAGGGGUUUCUGGCUGCUUUUGGGGGCCUUGUUGUGAGGGGUUGUUGCUGGGCUUUCAAGUUGGCUUCUGGGGGUUUUUCCUUGAGCUUUGGUAUUCCCUGGGGGUGGCUAAGGUUUUUUCCCUUCGUGCAAACCUCUCCCACAUCCAUAGGGUUGCUCUGUAGAGCAAGAAUUGGGGGUUGGCUUCUCCUUCUAAUAUUGGUUGAGGGCUUGUGGGUGUUUUCACGAUGCCCAGGAAAGCUAAGGAGAAAAAGGGUGGGAAGCCUGUUAGGCAGCCCAAAGCCCCCCCCCCCUUCUUCCUCGGAUGAGGAUGAUGAAGAAAUGGCCCUUAUUAGGGGCUUGAUUGGUAGGAUGGAGGCCUUGGAGAAGUCUCGCAGCGCUCCUUCUGAUAAGGGUGCUGGUCCUUCUGGCGGGGUGGUGGUGUCCCUCCUCCCAAGGUGCCUCGCAGGACCAGGGGGGCUGCCCGGAAUCAGCUUUUAAAAUCACUCUCUAGUAGGUUGGAGGCGUUGGAAAAGGGGGGGCCCCCAGCUGGCCCGGCUCCUCCCUCAGGUCCACAAGAUCCAUCCAUGCCUGAUGACCUGGUUCCUGGAAGGCCUGCUCCUGUGGCUCCAUUGCCGUCGCCUGAGGACCCGGCUCCUGUGCUGCCUGCUCCGUCGCUUCCACCUUCUGCUGCACCGGUUGAACCUCCGCCUGUGGACCCUCGAGUACCGGUGGCCCCGGGUGCUGGUGGGGCAGCGGCUCCUGUACAGGUCCUGAUCUGUGGCCAUUCGUUGGUCUUUUGGGCCUUCAAGCGGACCAGCACCUCCCACUGGGGUUCACAGCUGGGGUUUGGACGAAGAGCCCUGGUGUAUUGGUUGGGCAUUCGGGGCAUGCUGUGGAGUCAGCUGCUCCCGGCCAUUAAGGAUCACUUAGCUAGAUUCCCUGUGCCCACCGUUCUUGUCCUUCACUUGGGUGAGAAUGGCUUAGGCAGGUGGACUGGCCUGUCCAUGGUGCAGCAAGACGCCUCCGAUUUGACCGUACUGCGCAGGUGGAUGCCCGGGGUUUGUAUCCUCUGGAUCAAUUGGCUUCAGCGCAGGGUUUGGCGCGCUGCGUUUAACGGGUUUAAGUUAGAAAAGGCCCGGCGCAAGGUUUCGGCCGCCAUAGGUAAGUUAGUUUUGGCGGCUGGGGGGGGACAUCAUUAGGCAACCUGAUUUAGCAGCUCACUUCCAUGAGCUAUAUCGCCCGGAUGGUGUUCACCUUUCCAAGGCUGGGUGCGAUUUGUAUUUACACAAUAUUCGGAAUGGGCUUGCUGCACUGUUGGAUGGCAUGGGGCAGGGAGGCCAAGCAAGGGCUGACCUCCCUGGGUGGCAGUAACAGUGCGGGCUAAGGGGUAAGUGGUUGGUUAGAGUAUGGUGAGCACCCUUGGAUAUUGUAAGGUGGAAUGGUCAAUCGCUCCUUUGUAGCCUGUGCGGCACGGGGAGAAAUUGAUUGCCAGGAAACCUGCUUAAGGAUUUCAUCAACCUUUGGGCUGUGCAGUCCGGGGUGGGUGAAGACCUUGAGCUGUCCAGAUCCCCUCUUCUCUGGAGGGCGGUUGGCUUUGAAGGAGACAGGUGGGGUAUACCCGCUUGUUUCCUGAGCCAGGGUGUGUCGCCCAUGUCAGGUGAUGAAUAGGAUGGUAGCAUCCUAGCUCACGCCUAGGGGCCCACACUGUUCUAUGUUGGUGAUUAAUCACCUGGUUUACAGUCCGCCUAUGCCUAUUUGUUUAUUAAUAAACAUGGCCCGUUUCAUCCA